CCCUCCCUCUCUCUCACUGUAACUCUGUGUGUGUGUGUAUUUUGAGAGCCUUUUCCUUUUCCCCAUGGGCUUCGGUUAAAGUGGAAGAAGCCGUAAUAUGUUGUUAUAUCUAAAGAAGGUCUUUUAUAGAUCAACAACCCACUCCCAGUUCCUCCUUUUGCAACUCUUAGCAUAUCCUCUUCUCUCUCUCUCUCUCUCUCUCUCUCUCUCUCUCUCUCUCUCUCUCUUUCUUCCCCUCCGCUUGUAGUUUUCCGCUUCUUUCCACACCUUGGCUCAGCUGGGUUUCCUGAAUUGGAUCUGAUAUUAGUUUCAGAUGGGAAUAGUAUUAUUCUUCCUCCAUGAAUCCCACUUUUCCUCUUGAAGGUGAUCAUGAAGAUAUGUUCAUGAGAUUUCCAGCAAGCAAAAUUUUGAUGCCUGUGUGAAGCAGCCAUGAACACAAGUCCUAAAGGCUCAGUCAGCGGUUCCAGUCUCAUCGACGCCAAACUCGAAGAGCAUCGGGUGUGUGGAUCCAAGCAGUGCCCUGGCUGUGGCCACAAGUUCGAUCAAAGACCGGACUGGGUUGGAUUGCCGGCAGGAGUAAAGUUUGAUCCGACAGAUCAAGAAUUGAUAGAGCACUUGGAAGCGAAGGUUAAGGAAGAAGAUUUGAGAUCCCACCCUCUGAUAGAUGAGUUCAUACCCACAAUUGAUGGUGAAGAUGGCAUCUGCUACACCCAUCCUGAGAGGCUCCCAGGUUAUACAAGUGUGACAAGGGAUGGCCUAAGCAAGCACUUCUUCCACAGGCCAUCCAAGGCUUAUACCACAGGCACAAGGAAGAGAAGAAAAAUCCAGUCAGAAUGUGACCUUCAGAAGGGCGAGACCAGGUGGCACAAGACUGGAAAGACGAGGCCCGUCAUGGUCAAUGGGAAGCAGAAGGGGUGCAAGAAGAUCCUGGUGCUGUACACCAACUUCGGGAAGCACAGGAAGCCUGAGAAGACCAACUGGGUCAUGCACCAGUACCACCUGGGAGAGCUGGAGGAGGAGAAGGAAGGGGAGCUUGUGGUGUCCAAGAUAUUCUACCAGACCCAACCGAGGCAGUGCAACUUGUCAGAGAGGAGCACAGCAGUUGCAGCAGCCAUGGAGGGCAUAGACCAAAGAAGGGAUAGUGGAAGUGGAAGUUGCUCCUCCAAAGAGGCUGGUGUGUCUGGGUACAGUGGCAUGGAGAUGCACCAGCACAUGAAGCCUGAUAACUUUAGCUUUGCUCCUUUUAGAGAAAGCUUCAAUGAGGUGGCCAUGGGAGAGGCACCGAAGGCGAGAGAUGAGCACGCAGAGCACGAGCGCCGCGCCAGGCCGCCACCACAUUAUCUGGCCCAGGAGAAGCAGCAGCAACAACGACGGCAACAACGGCAGGGGGCUCCGGCAACAGCUUUCCACAUUACCAGGCCGAUGAACCCCAUCUCGACCGUUAUCUCCGCUCCUCCACUCCACCACGCGUCGGUCGUCCUCGGAGACCCAUUUCAUGUCUCAAGGAUCCUUUUCCAAGCUGAUAAGUCUCAGCAACAACAACAGCAGCAAGCACAGAGGCAGCAACAAAAGCUGGAAGGUGGAUCUGCUUCUGGCCUGGAAGAACUGGUUUUGAGUUGCACCUCAGCUGGACAUAGAGGAGAAACACCAAUCCCACACUCUCAAGAGACAGAAUGGCAGUACUCAUACUGGUCAUCUGACAACCCAGAUCAUCAUGGGUAAUGACAAAAAAGAAGAAAGCCAGAGAACUAACCAAACACCAUCACCAUCAUAUCUCAUCAGUGUUCACACUAUGCAUGUUCAGGUUGGACAGAAGCAGAAUACAUUUAUAUAUUAUCUAUAUAUAGAGAGAGAAUGAGAGAAUAGUGUUCCUUAACUCUAGUAGCUGAAGCCUCAGUAACCAAAUACUAACUACACAAUAAGCCAGAUUGGGCAGGAACAAAGUAGAAAGAGUGUUUUGUCAAAAAGGAAGAGAAGAAAGUGAUUGAAGAGAGACCAAGAAAGAAGAAUGAAUGCUGCUGCUGUUUGCUGACAGCAGCAGGAUAAAUAUGCCUGGAGUGAAUCAACCAUGCGUUUGAGAUUAACAAUCUCAUCAUGCCCAUAAAGUCUCCAUCAUCAACUAAUACCCAUGUUUUGAUUGUUUUUAAUUGUAUUUAUUACAAAUGUGUCAAAUUUUUAGCUUUGUUGUUCAUGUCUAUUUUACUUUGUAUGUUAAAGAGGAAGGAAAGAAAGACAAGAAUGAAUGUUUUCUCAAA